AUGAUAGCUUUUGAUGAACUUGAAAGUGGAAAAGGAGCUAAUCAAAUUGGAGCAAUCAAACGAGCUGGUGAUAGUCGUUGGAGCUCUCAUUUUUAUUCUAUUUGUAGUCUACUACGACUGUUUGAAGCCACUUGCUCGGUGCUUGAAAGCAUAAUAAAGGAAGGAUCCACUCAGUCCCAACGCGGGGAUGCGAGUGCUGCUUAUAAAAUGAUGACAUCAUUUGAAUUUAUAUUUAUUUUGCACUUAAUGAAGGAAAUCAUGGGUAUUAAUGAUAUUCUUUGUCAAGUUUUGCAGCAAAAAUCUCAGGACAUAUUGAAUGCCAUGAAUAUGGUAUCUACUACAAAAAGCCUUAUCCAAGAGCUAAGAAAUGAAGGUUGGAAAAUUUUUCCUGAAAAUGUUGUCUCUUUCUCCAAGAAAUUUGACAUUGACAUUCCAGAGUUGAGCUCUCGUUAUGCCCAAGGAUCUACAGCGAAUGGUGAACGAGCAUUUUCAGCUGUGAAGAUUGUUAAAACACGACUUCGCAACAAAAUUGAAGAUGAGUUCCUAACAAAUAAUUUACUUGUCUAUAUUAAAAGAGAGAUAGCUGAGACUUUUGAUUUAGAUCCAAUACUUGAUGAUUUUGUUUCUAUAAAAGAACGCAGGUUGCAAUUUUAG